AAAUUUGAUGGCUAAAGAAUUUAACAAUGAAGUUUAUACAUUAGUAGCAUCAAUUCUAUCUAAAUCUAAUGUUGAAGAAGUUUAUAAAUGCUUUAAAAAAUUGAAAACUUUUGAUGAUCAACGAAUUAUAG